AUGGGGUCUACACCAUCAAGCAUGGGCCCUCCACCAUCCAGCACAGGACCCCCAGGCAGUGGCUUUGGUCAACCACCCAACAAUAUGGGACCUCCUUCUAGUAUGGGACAGCCACCAUUCGGCCCUCCAUCAAAUAUGGGUCAGCCACAGCACAGAAUGGGUCCUCCACAAGGUAACAUGGGCCCACCACCAACAAGUAUGGGUCAGGCUCCUAAUAGCAUGGGAUCUCCACCCGGUCAAACUCAACCAAACAGCAUGGGGAUGACACAACCCCCAAACAUGGGUCAUCAGAGCGUUGGUCCACCAGGUUCUCAAACGAUGGGAAUGCCUCCUCAACAACCAGGGUUUUAUCAACAGACACCAGGGCCUGGAGGAUUUCCACCACCACCUGGGCAUGGUCCACCACCAACCAGUAUGGGUGGUAUGGGAACUAGACCAGCACCUCAACCACAACAGCCAAGAAAAUUAGAUCCUGAUCAAAUGCCUAGUCCUAUUCAAGUAAUAGAAGAAGACAGGAGAAAUAGGGAGGAAUUAUUUGUAACAAAUGCUAGAGGUGCUGUACCACCAUUAGUUUCAACAGAUUUUUCAGUACAGGAUCAAGGCAAUUGUAAUCCGAGAUUUAUGAGAUCUACUAUGUAUAAUAUACCUUGUACAUCAGAUAUAAUAAAAAAUAGUCAUAUACCAUUCUCUCUAACCAUCACACCCUUUGCUAAAUUAAAGCCUCAAGAACCGGCACCACCCUUAGUAGAUUUUGGGGAACUAGGUCCAGUAAGAUGUAAAAGAUGUAAGGCUUAUAUCAAUCCACAUAUGCAAUUUAUAGAUGGUGGUAGAAGAUUUCAAUGUGUAUAUUGUGGAUGUGCUACUGAUGUACCAAAUGAAUAUUUUGCCCAUUUAGACCACACUGGACGUCGUACUGAUUGUUAUAAUAGAGCUGAACUAUGUUUAGGUUCAUAUGAAAUGACUGCUACCAAAGAUUACUGUAAGAAUGGUGUGGAGCCAAAAGAACCAGCUUUUAUAUUUUUAAUUGAUGUAUCAUAUAACAGUGUUAAAAGUGGUUUGGUACAACUGAUCUGUGAAAGAUUAAAAGAUGAUAUUCUGGUUAAUUUACCCAAAGAAGAAGGUGUAGAAGAAUCAGAAAUAAGAGUAGGUUUUGCUACCUAUGGUAAAGAAUUACACUUCUAUAAUGUUAAAGGGGCAUUAGCUCAACCUCAGAUGUUGGUGGUAUCGGAUUUAGAAGAUGUAUUUGUACCCUUAUUAGAUGGUUUCUUAGUCAAAUUAUCAGAAUCAGCAGCAGUUAUUGACAGUUUAUUAGCACAGAUACCACAGAUGUUUGCUGAAUCACGUGAAACAGAAUUAGUAUUAGGACCAGUAAUACAGGCUGGAUUAGAUGCUCUGAAAUCAGCCGAGAGAUCUGGUAAAUUGUUUAUAUUUCAUACAUCAUUACCUAUAGCUGAAGCACCUGGUAAAUUAAAGAACAGAGAUGAUAGAAAACUACUUGGUACUGAUAAAGAGAAGACACUACUCUCACCACAGAAUAAUUUCUAUACUAAAUUAGGACAGGAAUGUGUAGCUGCUGGGUGCUGUGUGGAAUUAUUUUUAUUCCCCAAUUCUUAUCUAGAUAUAGCUAGUAUUGGAGAAGUCUGUCGUCUAACUGGUGGAAAUAUGUAUAAGUAUAGUUAUUUUCAGGCUGAUAUUGAUGGUGACAGAUUUUUAGAAGAUUUAUCACGUCAAGUUAAACAUUCUUCAGCAUUUGAUGUUAUAUUGAGAGUUCGUACUAGUACAGGUAUACGACCAGUAGAUUUCUAUGGUAAUUUCUAUAUGGCUAAUACAACAGAUGUAGAAUUAGCUGCUCUAGACUGUGAUCAAGCUAUUAAUGUGGAAAUCAAACAUGACGAUAAACUAUCAGAAACAGAUGGUGCUUAUGUACAGGUUGCUGUAUUAUUUACCAGUGUAAGUGGACAGAGAAGAUUGAGAAUACAUAAUUUAUCAUUUAAUUGUUGUACACAGAUGGCUGAUUUAUUCCGUAGCUGUGAACUUGAUACAUUAGUCAACUAUUUCUCUAAACAAGCUAUAAGAAAUAUAUUAAACACCAACCCUAAACAGGUGCGAGAACAUAUAAUGAACGAGGUAUCACAGAUAUUAGCCUGUUAUAGAAAGAAUUGUGCUAAUCCCUCAUCAGCCGGUCAGUUAAUACUGCCAGAGUGUAUGAAGUUAUUACCACUAUAUGGUAACUGUGUUAUUAAAAAUGAUGGUAUACAAGGAGGUUCAGAAAUAUCUACAGAUGAUAGAAGUUAUCUAACACAUCUCAUUAACAGUAUGUCUGUAGAAUCUUCUAGUGUAUUCUUCUAUCCUAGACUCUUACCAUUGCAUACAUUAGAUCCUGAUACUAAAGAGUUUCCAUCAGCUAUAAGAUGUUCUACAGAAAGAUUACAAGAUGAUGGUGUAUAUCUAUUAGAAAAUGGACUAUCAAUGUUUAUGUGGAUUGGUCAUAAUGUGUCUAGUAAAUGGGUAUCUAGUGUAUUUGGUGUAAAUAGUGCUGCCCAAAUUGACAUUGAUAAGGGUCAGUUACUAGCUCUAGAUAAUCCUGUUUCACAUCGAGUUAUGGAAAUUAUAUCAGAGAUUAGAAAUGAAAGACAUAGAUAUCUGAAGUUAACUAUUGUAAGACAGAGAGACAAGUUAGAAUCCUGGUUCAAUCAUUUCUUAGUAGAGGAUAAAGGAUUAAAUGGAAGUGCCUCUUAUGUUGAUUUUCUGUGUCAUAUACAUAAAGAAAUACGUAAUAUUCUCAGUUAAAAUACUGGUGCUGAAUUUAUUUCAAUAACUAUUAUUAAUACGGUCAUUGUGUCAAUAAUAAUAUAUAAUAUAGGUGAAAGUAAUAACAGCUAAUUAAAGUAAUAGUCAGAAAGGACUAUUUUGGACUUAAUGACAAAAAAGGAGCAAUAUUGAAUAAUAUUAACAAUAGGCCUGGCAUGAAACAUGUUGCAAUGUUCACAGUUGUUCUCAACCUUUCUCUGUGGCCAACUAUAUGCUGGACAUGACUUUACUGGCUAAAUUUUAACUGUAACAUCAUUAAAGGUGCAGUAAAGAGAUUUUUAAUUUUUUAUGUGUAUCAGGGGCUUUAUUCUCAAAAUCUGUCUUAAAACAAAUUAAAAUCCAAAUUUUAAUACAGAAAUCAGAUUGGAUGAUAGAACUAAAGUCAAUAUCAGUGAUUGGCCAAUCAAAGGAUAACGAUCACUUAAGCCUUCAGAAGUUCAGUUUUGGAGACAGUAAGUAACAUAAUUUCAAUUUUCCUAGAAAGGCUUAACUAUAUGUGAAGUCUAUUGCAAACUCUGCCAAAAAUAGGAGUGUUCCUGAUACACAUAAAAAGUUUAGAAAGCCUCUUUACAAUCCCUUUAACAUAUUUUCAACCCCAUUCAUAAUGGUAAUAUGAUUGAAUAGAUUCAAUUAACAUGUGUCAAAUUUAUGGAAAGGUUUAUUGCAAUCCUUGCCAAUGUUAAAUACUGUAGAUAAACUAUAUUUGCUAAAUGAUUUUAUGUUGUUUUUGUUAUGUAUAUAUGUAAAUUUUGAUUGUGUGUUAUAACUCUCUAAACAUUUUUCUUUUAGUUACAAUAACUAUAUAUGUAUUUAUUAUAAUUAAGUUUCAUGGCUUGGAUAUAUCUCAUUUCAUCUACCUUGUUUUUGGUUAGAAACUUCAAAUUUUAUCAUUACUGUAGAAUUCUUUCUGAUUUAGCAUGGUACAAAGUUCAUUGCUAAUGUUCUAUUCAUUUAUGUGAAUAAAAAUAAUCUGAAAUGAUC